CAGAUUCCGGCAGAUUCUGUGACCCGCGGCCAAAGUUUUAGCCACUGGGCGGAAUGACCGCGUCUCCCGUCAGGCGGCGAUUGCGCUCAAAGACGGCGCCGGCAUGUGUCAGGAAGUCAGAGUUCAAAAUCAAGGAGCGGACGGGCGACUAUAUCGUGGUACAGGCGCUGGAUGCCAAAGAGCUGCAGCUUCUUCUGGCGCAUCUCAAGCGGAAGCGCCCACGGCCGGCCAAGAUGAAGAACGAGGGUGCAGGAGACUCCGAUGACGAGCGCAAGGCUCGCUACGCGGAUCGUGACUCCUGCAUUUCUUGGUUCAACAUCGAGGCAGAGUGCCCCUUUGUGCACCAGCGGCUGAAGAAAUUGGUUAGAGAGGGCAACAACCACUGGCCCAUCAUCAAGGUAGAUGGACGAGGGGAGUUACUGUGCACCUACGAGGACACGCAGUACGCCGUCUAUGGGCCCGGCCAGCACUUUAACGCCUGGCAUCAGGAUGCAUUUGCCAAGGGCAACGACCCGGAGGACGCUAGGCAGAUGACGGUGGUGCUGAUGCUGUCUGAGAGAGGUGCCUACACGGGUGGCGAGUUCCAGGCCAAGGUGAAAAUGCCGAUCCGCAAGGUGACUCGAAGCAUAUCUCUGGAUGCUGGAGACGCGCUGCUUUUCCCAGCCAAGAGGCUCAUGCACCGCGUCUCCAAGGUGAAGUCUGGGACAAGGAAGACUCUGGUCUUCUGGGCUUUAGCGGGCUUCCUUCCGUCCUGAGGGCCUGUUUCACGGACCUGAUUGGAGCAAUGGAAUGGUCGGCGGAAGUUG